AUGAACAGUAUUACAUGUCUACCUUCUGAACAGAAGAAACUUUUCAACACUAAAUGCAGUCAGUCAUCCAGAUGUUUCUCCAGCUGCUCCGAGCCAGAGGACCUACGUGCUGUUUCUUCUUUGUCCUCCUUCUUUAACUUUACAUUUAAGAGAAGCGAUGAUCUCUGCAGCUCACAGACAGACAUUAGCCAGAACAUCACAGCACCAUCAGCUGGAAACUUAGUGGAGCAACAACUCAAAGUACCCAAAAGUCACAAUUCUGAUUCUUUUGAGCCACAAAUGGAGCACGUGGCUGCAGAAGUGGUUCAACAGGUGCUAAGCAAUGCACUGAAUGUGAUGAGUGGUCAGAGCCAGACAAUUGAUUUUGAUCGUCUCUGCGAGGCAGGAGACCAGACAAACAGUACCAGCACACACCGGUCCUGUGAAAGGAAAGUUAGCCGGCCUUUGCUUAGCAGGGGAAUACAAAGAUUGGAAGAGAAGAAAGAGAAAGUCCAAGAGGGCAAGAGGGAGAGUGGAGGGGAAGAAAAGACAGUUUGGCCUAAGAAGAAUUGUGAGGUGGGAAGUUGGGGCACCUACCAGGAAAAUGUUCGUGAUAUUUGUUGCCAUGGUGCCUGUUGCCAUAGCGCCAGACCAGGCUUUGAUGAGUUCAGAGAGUUUUUGCAAGGAACGCCUGGAGAGAAGCUGCUUAAUCUCUGGAUGGACAUAGAAAGACUGAAAGCAACACAGAACACAGAGCGAAAGAAAAGGUAUGUGGUCUUGAUGAGGAGCUGCUACCUGCUGAGCAGCAGCCAGAGCAGUCUAAAUGUGGAGCUGCUUUCCAGACUGGGGCUGUCUACCUCCCCCUGCUGGACAGAGGAAAAACUGUGCUCGAUCCAGCCUUUCCUUACAGAGUCCCUGCUCUCCUACUGGGUUCCUAGGUUUUGGACUUCCCGGUGUGUCCAUAAUAACUCCCCUCCUCUAGGGCAGUGGGCAGACUUGUGUGUAACUCCUAUGCCGGACACACAUCCUCUCCUCUGCCCUGGCUCCACCCUACCCCAGCACCACCAUGCUGUCCACACACAGUUGUUUUCCAGCAGAAGUCAGUUACUGAGCAGCAGAAGAAUGGAAGAGAUGUUACAGGCGCUUUAUGUUGAAUCAUGGGCUGGUUUAUACUUCACAAACUUCUGUGAGCAGUCUGGAAACCAGUUGUGGGAGAAUGCAGUUAACUUUUGGACUGACCUGCAACACUACCGUGUGUUGUUCUGUCAAAAUGGACUUGACCCCUACAGAGUACAGAGAGAGGCACAGCUGCUUUACUCCACCUAUCUGUCCAGCUCUGCCAGGAGGAGCGUAGGUGUCAAUGAGGAGAUCAGAAGGGAGGUGUACAGUCAUAUGAGCCCUGCUUAUGAGGAGCUAUUUGACAGGGUUGAGGAACACACACUGAACAUCCUGCUUGAGCCAUGGACACUGUUGGUCCGUAGAAACACCAAGUCCUUCCAAAAGGUAUGCUUGCAGGAGGAGGUGCGCUAUGUUGACAGUCAGGAGUACAGAGAACUCCAGAGUCUUUACAAGGAAUCAAAGUGUCGUUUAAAUCAAGUGGAGCAGAGUGAGUCCACGCUGUCUGCCUCUCCUAUUACUCCCUCUACUUCCCUCUCAAAGGGCUCCUGGGCAAGAGUGUCUCAGAGUUACCAAGGUUACCGUCUUGGUUCCUUGCUUCGUCACCGCCAUGAGAUUGGGCACUUCAUGUCCUUCCUACAGAGUCAUAAUGCCAGCAUACAUCUGACAUGCUGGCUGGAUCUGGAGCAGUACAAGAGGACUCCUCAGAAGGACACAGCUGUCAGACAGGAGAGGUCCUUCCAUAUUGCAACCAAAUACCUCAACGGGAAGUACUUCUUCGGCCCUGACAGCCCCGCCACAACACAACAACAGAAUGAUAUUUUGUGUUUGGCAGGUGGACUGGAGCGUCUGAAGCUAGAGUGUCUCUCAAGGCCAGAUGUUGUGGAGAUUCAAGACAUCGUCAGGAGCCACAUUGAGAAAAAAUGGCUGCCUCUGUUUUUGUCCACAGCAGAGUUCACAGAGCGACAGAAACACCAGCCACAGCCCCAAGCAGCAGAAAGACCCUCUCUAAACCCCUACCGAAGGCGCAGAACGAGGAGAGAAGCCUGGAAGGCUGAGGGGUUGUGGAUGAGUUCCUCAAAAGAGAUUCUGCUGUUUCGACGGAUCCUACUUAACCCCAUCACUUGUAUGCAGUUUCAGCACUUUGUCUUUCUGAAGGGAGACUUCCUAGAAAAUGACUUGCUGUUCUGGCUGGAGGUGCAGAGGUACAAGGACCUCUGUCAUUCCCACAGUGAGGAGGCCACCAUCCAGCAGAAGAUCUCCACCAUAAUCAGCUGUUUUAUUAACUCGUCCAUGCCCCCCGCCCUGCAGAUAGACAUCCCCCCUGAACAGGCCCAGCACAUUCUGGACAAACGGCACGAGUUGGGCCCUUACAUCUUCAGAGAGGCACAGAUGUCAGUGUUUAGUGAACUGCUGAAGUAUUGGCCUGAGUUUAAAGAGCUGAGCAGCACCGUCCAAGAGGAGCAACUCCUUCCUCUACUGCAGGAGAAACGAGUCACACACAGAGCCAGAGUGCGGAGACUGAAGAGGAAGGAGGAGGAGGAGGAAGAGGCAGAGAGGAGGAACGCUCAGGAAAAGCUGGAGAGGCCAGAGUCGAGUUUUGGAGAGGGGAGUGAAACAGAUGAUGAAGAUGAAGUAACCGCAGAACAGGAGCAAAGAAGUGAAAAAACUCCCACACAGUGUUUGUCGUGGUCCUACUCCAAGUACAUGGCAGCCCUGCAUAGAGAGGAGGUGCUGCUGAGGAGACCGCGUGAGCUGGAAGCCUCGUUCUCUACAGUCUCAGACUCCUCCUCUCACUGCAGCAUCGGGUCAGCAGGCCGGAAACAAAGCCGCAAGCAGCCCUCGUGUCGCUCCAUCGGGACGCAGAGUAAACAGUGUAACAGGAGUGUCAGCGCCUGCAACAGGAAGUGAGAAAAGAGCAGCUACUGUUGCUGGACAACAAUGAAGUAUGACUUUAAGAAUAUGUAAAAUGUAAGACAAACAU